CAAGUCGAGCAGCUUUACAGUUGUUAGACGUGUGCUGUUUGUAUGUGCGUGUGCGUGUUAAUGUCACGAGACUUGCACAGCGUGAGAAGGCGUGCGGCUGCUGUUCGGGAGCAGACCUGGAGCAGACCAGCUGAGCGUCGCAUCUGGGUCCGCCAGCGGUCCUCCAACUAGUCCAGCCGAGGCAGCUGCCGCAAAGCCGCUUGGAUGAGCGCUUCCUGCAGGACAGAGACCGUGUCCCUCAUCAGACGGCGAGGACAGCGGGACAGCGCGUGUCUGUGCUCGGACUAAGCAAGCGCGGCUGUUGGGAACGCGCGUCUCUCAGCUGAAGGUUAAAGAUUGCUGAUGGAGCUAGCCAGGCUAGCGUUAGCGCUCCUCUCUGGAGUGGAAAAGAGGCCAAAUGACUACCUAACUACGCAGCUCUGAUGUUCGCAUGAUGGGACGUUCUGGUUGAAGCCGACAUGUUGGCGUUCGGAGCAUCGGUUACACACUUCCAGCUUUCCCUUGUGGAAUAGCCGAGCCGCACCAGAGAACUUCACCCAUCAGCUGUAAAGGUUCAGUUGAGUUCGUGAAGAGAACCACUUCUGAGGGAUGUAGAAGUUUCUGCUCACACCUGGAAAGGGGACAGACAGCUGCGCCCAUCAGACACCCACACCUUAUGAACAGGUCCUGCUUCUGUUCGCGUGCACGGGAAGACCAACUGGUGGGCCAAGUUUAGGCAACUGUGAUGUUUUGCAUCUUGUCACGUUGUCACACCUGCAGCAUGACUGCAUGAUGAUGGCUGCUGUUUGACCUCUCUUCCUCUACAUGGAAACAUGGACAUACUUUUCACUUUAGAAUGAUGGCCUUGGCAAGCUGUAUGUAGGGAACAGGCAGAAGCACCUUGGCCAAACACCUGUCUAACGACCCACACCAGCAGAAACAGAUGCCACCAUGUACAGUGUGGAGGACCUCCUCAUUUCUCAUGGAUACAAACUUGCCAGGCAUGCCACAUCCUCCACCCCUACACCAGUCCCCCCGUCUUCCUCCCAUCAGCCUCCCUCCUCUCAUCCGUCCUACAGAAAACACCAUGAAACUCUGGAGAACAGAACUGCUCCUAGGACAGUAAACGGCUAUGAGAGGGGGCCGGUGGUGGCUGUGGCAAACAGCAGUGGAGCAAGGCACCCCCAGGUGUUCGGUGGCGGUUGUCACAGCAACAUUGAACCUAGAGAUGGGAGCCAGCCACAGCGGGACAGUGAGAUCCGAGGCCAGACAGACACCCAUUCCUUAGGAGAGUCGCUGACCUCAGACAGCGGCUUUUGUGAUGGCAACAGAGGCCCACAGAUUAAAGAUGUUUCCCUCUGGAGGAGGAGAGGCCAGGACUUCAGUGUGCUGCUGGACUACACUGACCUCAGAGAAGCCUGUGGGAGGGAACAGGGGGGACAUGACAGGCCAGAAGGUCCUCAACAAGCAAGAGGCCAAGAGCUCUCCAUCGAAGAUCGACGGAGAGCAACUCAGGAGAGGCAACGCUGGGCAGCACAAACCCAGGCUCAGACCCAGGCCAAGGCCCUGACUCAAGGCUGUUCUAGAGAGAGGGAGGCAGCACUCCAUCAGUGGAGGAUGACAGCUGAGAGGAAGUGCCAGAGCCUAGGGACAGAAGACUGGCAUCCAGCUGUGAGCUUUGGUCAUCAGUUCUCUCAGAAUGACAGUGAGCACUGGGCAAAGGAACAGAAACGACUGCAUGCCAGAACACCAGAAGGGAUUGUAGUCCACCCAGGGACCAAAGUGAAAUCUCAGUCCCUGCCCAGGAUGCUCCCACCCGAGAACUUACAUUAUGUGGAUGUAGCCUCGUCUGGUCAGGAGCUGAACAGGCGGGUCAAUGGUCACCCACUGUCCUACCAAAACCUCUACAGGGCACGCUGCUGGCCAGACAAUGGUAGGCCAGCUAGUGCCAACCAGCUCUCAACUAAACCAAAGCCCCGCUUCACCCGACCUCCUAGACCUCCUUCUUAUGAAAUGCACCAGCAAAUCAGGGGAAGCUGUGAGGUGCUGUCUGGCAGAGAAUCAGUCCCACCCCCGGCCAGGGACAGAACCCCCCUUCCCAUAUCAAGAACUACAGACCCUCAUUUGGACUAUUUUGCACAGGACUCUGGACCCCCAGGAUACAUCCCUCCUCCGUCAUACAAAAGAGUUCCUAUAAUGGGAGCAGUGAGGCGUGGAUAUGGAGAAGUUCCUGUUGACUACAGGUACAGAGGACAUAUGUAUCAGCAGAUACAAGUGGCUCCUGAUGGAUCCCACUGGUUAAUCAAACACCCAGCAAGUUCCUGGCCUACACCCUGUAGAGAGAGAAGUCUGUCGGGCCAGAAGCUGUUUUACCCUGUGUAUUCAACCCAUGAGCAUCCAGGGGUCCAAUACAUCUCAUUUGAUGACCCCCGUAUUCGUCAUAUUUCCUCAGCCCUGGGUGGCAACUCCUUGACUGAUGCUGACAAAAUCCGCCACAUCCGUAAUGAGCUUCCCAGUGUCACCGUGUCAGAGCCUGCACCUGACGUCAGUGCCUUUUUGCCCCCGCCACUGGGGCCUUUUAUCUCUGCCAAACUGUCAGAGGAAGAUUUCCAGACAUCUUCGAACAAUUUUGACUACGCCAACAACAGGUGGCGCAACGAUUUGCACAAAGAGACUAUCGAUAACUUCCCAGCACCUGACCAAAACUGUAACAACAGACACCCCCUGGCCCAGCUUCCUUCCUCAUUGCCCGCUUCAGCCUUUCAGGCCCUAUUUGCAAGAACCUCCUCUCAACAAAGGUCCAGGUCAGACCAGGUCUUGGCAGAAACCAUAACUCAAGUAAAGACAAUUGUGCCAGAUUCAGAAGCAGAGAGCAACAGGAACACUAAGAGGAGAGUGAGUGAGACAAUUUUUUGCCUUGUGUCCGUUCCUGUUCACACACCAGUAAACUUUAACAAAGACUCAACAUCUGAUCAGAACAACAACAAGGCUACACCAAACCUGACCAUUACCAAGGUUGACACCUUUGCUGUAGGCCUCCGAGAGAGCCCAAACAUCCGUAGCAAGUCUGUAAAUGAGAUGCCAAUUAAAUCACACCAUUCUCACUUCCACACCAGCAACACUUCCUCAUUGAAGAAUUCCAAAAGAGCUCCUUUAAGGAAGGAGGUAUUAGAUGCCUGGGUGCUUCAAGCAAAUGAAGACAAAGAGUUAUGCUUUGCUGGGUCUUGGCCUGGUAACCAGUAUCGUAAUCAAGAAACCCAGACUGGUUCACCUGUUACAGAUGUUAAAAGUCCAGAACACCAGGAGUCCACUCGGUCUGCCUCUAUUGUAAUUAUGGAUAACACUGGCACUGACAGUACCUCCUCUUAUGGCUACCCACUGGCAGGUCAAAAAAGUCUUCAUCUCUCAAGCAACAGCGCCUUCUCGCGCCUCAACCUCAGCCUUAGCCCACCACAAACACCCUUCCUUCAGUUCUCACAACAGGACUCAUCUUCUCCAUCCAAAGUAGAAAAUCUGGGAGAACAUCAAUCAUCCUUUCCUAGUAUCCGUUCACCUGAGAGCACAGAGCCAGGGGUUUUUGGUCAGUUUCUCUUAAAACCAGUGAACCGAAGACCCUGCGAUGCUAUCGGUGAAUUAGAAACCAUCAAUAAAGAGAUGGAAGACACAAUCAGCAAGAUACCAAAUCUGGGUCCUGAUGGGGCUGACAGAAGGUUAGCCUGGUUGAAAUUAGGAGCACAUUUCAAUGCUGGUCCAGAACCAGGGCGGGGAGCCAUAAGUCUUCCAUCUAUGCACAUGGAGAAGACCGACCAUGUAAAAAAGAGAUCAACAUCUGUUGCCUCUAGUGCUGGUCUUGAAUCCAUGCAAAUGAUUAGUGCUUUCUCUAGACUGCAGACCAGCAACAUAACCAGUGAGCUGCUGCCAAGCCCUGGAGAUGAUUGUCUUCAUUCAUCUGUUACUCCUCACAAUGACUUCAACCACUUCUAUAGGCAGGACAUCCCUGUCCCCCAGGAGUCCUUACUGAGAGAUGUGGGGCUAACUGUUUACACCGAGACUCAGGGUGGUCCCGGAAAACCCAUGCAGCGCUCUCUCUCAGUCACAUCUCCUCUGACUUACAAGGAUUUCAGUCAGUUUGAUAAACGCAGUGGCAGCUCUGUGCACCAUUCACAUCAUGAACUUGAUUCAAGUGAGCAAAACAUGAAACCAGAAAGGAUUGUUUUGUGCAGAGGUGAGGCUCCCAUUUGUAGAACAAGGAGUAAAAGUUGCAUAUUGCUACAGAAAGACUGUUCAACACAUAUCAUAAACCAGGAGGAUGACUUCGAAAAUAAUUAUGCAGCCCCUCAACCUCUGGCCUACAGGGAUGACAGUACAGCAGAUAAGCACUUAGAGCGCUUACUUAUUAAGGAGAAAACUAACACUUUACCGGUGGAGGACCUUAGCAACUUGUAUGAGGUCAAAUGUGCAAAAGGAUUACCUGAAAACGAGUCCAUAGAGGAGAGAGCAGCACGGAUUCUGGGUGUAGCUGUUCCAGUAGAGGCCUUAUGCGUGACUGACUCCCAGCAUGAUGUGCUCACUAACCAAGAUGAGGAGCCUCUGUAUUCAAGGGAAGAAACACAGCAGUUGACAGGAAAGUAUCUGGAGGUCAGCUCAGAGUCCCUCAUAGUCCAGAAAGGAUCGACAGAGGAGGUGAAGGCAUCAGGAGUGGAGGCCAGUGGUGACCACAGUGACUACCAGGACACUGAGACUCAGUCAGUUCUAGGUCUUCCUGAGUUCCCACCAAGUAAACUUCUGCUUUCCCUGCCUAUCACGCCAGAUCAGAAGCUUUCACUGAGCAUAUGCAGCCCAGAGAAGAGAGGAAGGGGCGGAGCAAGCAAACUGAUUGAAACCCUUCAGGGUAAGCUGAACUGCUCAGCUCUGUCCAGGUCAACCACAGACAGAAUGAUCCGUCUCAAAGAGCUGGACUCAGUGUCCCGAAUACGAAGACUAAGCUUGAAAAGUCCAGAAUCUGAAGAAUGUGUGUGGGAAGAAAAAGAUGAUGUUCCCCAAGAAGCAAAGAAGGGUUCUCAGCAAAAACCUGAGGAAGAGGAGAAGGAAGGUAAUAAGGGGAAUAAAACAAUAAGUAAAGGAGAGGAAAAGCAGGAUGACUGUGUGAACAAAAGUGUUGAGUUUGUAGAGGCUAAAGAACCAAAGGAUAAGACUGAAGGCAUGAAUACAAAAAAGCUAACGGAGGAGACUGUUGAAGCUGUACUAGAAGCAAACAUUGAGGAGAAGAAGAAAGUAAAUGCUGAAUUAAAUACCGAAAAGGAAGAGAUGGAAUUAAAAAUCAUGGAAGACACUGGAAAAACCUUGAAGGCUGAGCGUAACCCAGCAUUGAUGAACAGAUGUGAGCUGCGAGGAAGCGUACCCAUACCAAAGCAGCGCACCAGGUUCAAACCUCCUCUACUUCCUAAACCUCGCAGCGUUCCCAAGAGGCAAAUACCUCUGCCUCCAAAUGACAACACAAAGACCGGUGGUCCCAUGGGGCAUGAUGGUGAGGGAACACCCUCUCUCUCAGACUCUUACGACCCCAGCCGAGUAGAGAAGGUGUAACAUCUGACCGCUGUGGGGAUUGGUCUUUCUCGAGUUAACGGCUUUUUCCAGUAACAAAGAUGUUCAUCUCACCUCAUGGCUCAGUCAGCUGUGACCUUGAUGAUCUUUACACACCACUCCUCUCAGAAGCCACAGUCCCAGUGCUGUAAAACCUAUAAAAGCUACUGCUGGGCGCUGUUUCCCCAGGUUGUUGUCCUCCCUUUAUUUUUCUGACCAGGUGGAUUUCCUCUUUUCUAAGUUGCUUAAGGAAGGUGCGGUUGCUCCCAGCUGCACUUGCGAGAGCGUCUGUGUUGAAACAUGAAUGUAAAAGUGCUUUUAUUCAACAAGCAAACAGAAGAAAUGUAACUAAACAGUAUUGCAUUACAAUCAGUAGUAACCUUCAAUAAAUGUAAAUAAUAAUAUAAGAUUUAUUUAAAAAAUAACAAAGUCAGCAUUAAAUUGAAAUGUAUAUUUUCAUAUGUGUGUGUAGAUUUUUGAGCCUGUAGUCUUCGUGUAUAGCCAAUAAUAACCCUGCUCUUUAUUCUUCUACUGGUGUGAGAGUCUGAGAGUUUGGGUGGCAAAGAGAAACACUGUGGUCUAGAAUAGUUUCACUCAAGAGCAAUAUAGCUGUCGUGUACAGGGAGUCUGUGACGUGGGUCUGUUAGGAAGUUUGUUUCAGCAGCUAGACCCGUUUGCUUUAGAGCUUUAAACUUUAGGUACAAAUAUCAGGUUUGCACUGCUGAGAUUUUUCACUGUGUCGUUAGACAACAGCGAGUAAUCUCCUCACACGCUCCACACGUGGAGGAGAAAUGUCCUGUUAAAUCCGGUACUAACUAAAGAAAAUGAGAAUAUUGUUACCAGGAUGUCGUGCGUCGCUGUGCAGGUUCAUUAGUGUUGAAGCCGUCCUUUGUGGGUAAUUUACUACUAAAGCUCAACGUCAGUGACUUAAAAACAACACAAGCAACAACAUCAAGUUUUUUAGCACUGGAACUACUGAGCUUUUUAUUUUCUGGUGAAAAAUACCUAGAACUACUAGUCUUGUGCUAAUCUGCAAAGGCCUAGUAGUGUAACGCAAUAAUGCUCCUGUGGAAGAGGAUCUGAACGUGAUUCGCUCUGACAUAUCAGUGAUGUAGUAGCAAUAGAAACACCUGAUGGACGUAUACCAAACCCAACGUUAUGCUAUGCAUUGGAUACGGAAUUAAAAGGUACCCGUUCAGACUGGUGUCACCUGUUUAACCAGAUCAGCUGUUAGUAGAUUUACAUGGAAGCAGCUCUAGUGACAGAAGGUUUUGUGUUUGUCCUGCUUCCAGUCGUCCAGACCUGCACACCUGUGCUCCAGGUAAUGACUUAUCUGGUCAUAAUCAUAGAAGUUUUGUACCGCUAUUUCUUUGUAACAUAAUCUAGACAACUGGUGCACAUUUUACUUUAAAAUUUUCUAUUUUCAUACAAAAAUGUGUGCAGCCUUUUUUUGUAACUAUGGCAUCUUCUCCCCUUUUUAUUUACAGUAGAUGCAUGUAACCUGUAAGAAGUCACACUAAACAUGUAUUUGAACAUGAAUGCAUUUGUUACAUUAUGGUUUAUCUAGUAAACAUUUUGUACAUAUAUAUUUUCUUUUCAAAAGGUAUGCUGCCUAUUUAAAUGACAAUACAGUAUUUUUAGAUUAUUGUGAAGACGGAGCUGUUUAUGAAGGCACAGUAGAGGUCCGUGUUUAGUAAGGUCACAAAUACCGUUGGACCAUGCUGCAGACUGAUCAGAAAUAAAAGUCUUUGCAUGAAA